AUGGUUGUCUGUCCUUUUACCGUCCUGCUCAACAUGAUGGUGAUCAUAGCCGUGAAGCGAAGACCGAGACUUCAGAGCUAUGCCAACAUUUUACUGGCCUGUCUAGCUGGUACCGACGCACUGACUGGUCUCACAACGCAGCCACUGUAUAGCUUGUGGAAAAUAUUACAGUUGCUAGAAAUGAAAACCCACGAAACGAUCGGAUUUUUAUUCACCAUCGUUCUCCGCGCCUUGUCUCUUUGUUCUUCUCUUCAUCUCGUGUUAGUUACUAGCGAGAGGCUCAUAGCGAUCCGAUUCACCGAGCGUUACGCUAGCAUAGUUACAAGAAGAAACAUAAGAGCAGCUGUUAUCGCUUCCUGGGUCGUUUCUAUCUCCUACGCUGCACUUGGGGAGCCACGAAACACAAGCAAGGCAUCGCUGUUAAAUUUAUUAGCAGCUUUAAUCAUUGUUUCGUGCGUUAUUUUCAUGGCAUUUGCUUAUGCAAUUUUGUUUCGCGAGACACGCCGCCAUGUUAAGAUGAUCAAAGCUCACCAAUUACCUCAAGAAGAAGUGCACAGAUUCAACAAAGAGAAAAAAGCUCUCAAAACCACCGUUUUGGUAGUCAGUGCAGUGUUUAUAUGUUUUUUGCCCAUGGCUGCUGCAACGGUG